GUUUGGACUAAUUCAUUUGUAGAGGGUUUUCUGUUGUCAUAUGACGUGAUUGAGGAGUGACCGGUGAUUCGGAAAUGGGUGAUUUAUUGAACUCUACGAAUGUGUCUUUUGUGAACGUUAACAAUAGUGUUUUGGGUUUGUACGAGUAUGGAUCAGACAAGGCGCUGGCAGCCGUCCAGCUGUUCACCGACUACCCUGAGGCGCUUCUACAAUUUGCCGGCGCGUGCUGCGUGCUGUUUAUGCUUGUCGGUAUUCCCGGCAACUUGAUUACCAUCAUUGCCCUCGCGCGCUGCAAAAAGGUUCGCAACGCAACGGCGAUUUUCAUUAUAAACUUAUCAUGCUCGGACCUCCUCUUCGGUGCCUUCAACUUACCGCUGGCCGCGUCCACGUUCUGGAACCGAUCCUGGAUUCACGGCAGGUUACUCUGCAAGAUGUUUCCGCUAGCAAGAUAUGCACUCGUUGCCGUCUCGCUCUUCACUGUUCUAGCAAUCACCAUUAAUAGAUACAUUAUGAUUUCCAAGCCAAGAUUAUAUCCCAAGCUAUAUAAGAAAAAGUAUUUACCCAUCAUGAUCAUAAUGUUGUGGGCCUUUUCUUUUGGAGCAUUAAUCGCUACAUGGUUCGAGAAAUGGGGCCGUUUCGGAUUAGAUCCAGUUGUUGGAUCAUGUACCAUUAUUCCAGAUGUAAACAACAAAUCUCCGAAGAAAUUUCUUUUCAUAGGAGCCUUUCUGAUACCGGGCAUAGCUAUAAUAUUUUGCUAUGCUCGAAUAUUUUGGAUUGUAAAAAAAGUCGCUAAAAGAUCACGCCCUACUAUGAGGAUGAGGCCAAAAACAGAAGUUCUUAUCAGAGAUAGCGUUGAACUAACACCCGAUAAUGUUGCCGGAAAUAGAACAAACCAUAUAUCUUUACAACCGAAACGAAAUCCCAACUAUGCUCUCAAUUGUUUGGCGAUUCCAGAAAUUUCUUCAACAUCCGGCAUUGAUACAGAAGAACGCGAUAAAAGAAUAACCGAUGGGGACAGGCACCUAUCGAGAAGUAGUGAAGCGAUUCAGAAACUUAGAGUAGCGUUUACACCAGCACAACGCCAACCGAAAACUCCAAAACUACUCCCAUCGAAGAAAGAUAAAAAACUGCGUACCAUGAUUAUGGCAAUAAUGAUAUCCUUUGUGGCUUGCCAUCUACCGAUAUCGGUGAUAAAAAUAUUUCUCGAGUUCAGCAUUAAUCCUUACGUGAACAUGGCGAGCUAUGUUCUUUUGUACUUCACGACAUGUAUUAACCCAAUAAUUUAUGUGGUUAUGUCGAGUGAAUACAGGCAGGCGUACAAAAACUUGAUGACGUGUCAACGUAUCGAAAAAGACUUUCCAGAGAGCACAGUCCUAGGGAGGAUGACCAGCAUGAAAGCGAUGGCAUCUGUUCGACGUUCUAUUAGAAAAUUUCAUUCGGUGAAUACCCGAUCACCUACAUAACGGUGUAUGAGUGUUUGUGAUUGUGUGACUCAGAAUAAAUUCACGUAAUUCGUGGAAACAGUGGCAACCGUCCGUAUUUGUUAAAAGAAUUGAGAGGCGUACGGUGAAUGGUUUAUGAUUGAUACGCGCUGCUUGCAACUUGUGUAAAUAUUAGUUUAACGAAAACCGCAGAAAAAGUCAUGUUAGUGUUAAGGAUAAUUUUUAAUAUGUUAGUGAAUGUUAAAUUGAGUAGGUAAUAAAAGAAUUUAUGAUAUUGUCAA